CCACUAACAAUGAAGAUGAUUCUGUGAGGACCGAAUGAUUUUAAGGUCCCUGAUAGUCUAUUCUUGUUCAGCUUUGUAUUUUUCUUUUUCUUUUUUUCGUACUUUUGUUUUUGCUCUUUUUCUUGACCUUGCAAGGCUUUACUUGACUCUUGAUUGAGUCUUUUUUCUUCUUCCUUUUUAUGCAGUUCAAAUCACUUUUUCUUUCUUUAGCCAUUUUGUUUGAAUUUAAACUUAGAAUUUUUUCAGUAUAUCUUGUAAUGAUAUUAACGAAAAUAAAAAUAUUGUGAGUUUCUAAGUAUAAUUUAAUUGUUAGAAAAAUGACAACGUGACAAAACUUCUUGUUCUUCAUUUUAAAAAAGGGUAUACUAAAUUAUCAGGAAUCAAGUAAUACGAAAUGGCGACGGUAGUUUAACUAAUAAUUAAUCCUAUCUGGAGUAGGUUUAUUUGCACAUGCUACAACCAAUAUAACACAAGACCUUCUAGAUUUUUAAGCGUGUGCUUUCUUCUGAUACAAUAUAAAUUGCCUUAGUAGACCUCUUAUCUCAUUUAACUCUCUUUCUAUAAUCUCAAUAUCACCCCUCCCUCCCUCCCACCAAGUAGCAUCAGUUUUCCUUCUUCCUCAGUAUUUCCCUACAUCAUGAUUCCACUGUACAUACCUAUAAUCCGUAAACCCUAAACAUAAUUUCGCGAUAAAAUAGAAAUUCACAUCAUAUUAGUUUUUUUAAAAAUCCAUUUAUUUCAGUGUAUUUUUAUUAAGAGAUAUAUAUAUUUUUAUUAAGAGAGUAUAUAUUAUGUAUAGAUCGGGAGCUGUAAUGGCAUGGAAUGUAUUCAGGUUUUGUACUGCCUUACGAGGGCUUGGGUCGAUCAUGAUCCUUUUGGUUCUUGGUGUUGUAGGAGUUACCUAUUACGCUGUCGUUUUAACCAAUUAUGGUCCUUCUAUUGCCGGUAGUAGUGGUCUUCUUGAUGUCCUCAUCGCUCUUUCAGUACUCGUCGUAUUCCAUUGUCUGUUGGUGAUGCUUCUGUGGUGUUACUUUUCUGUUGUUUUUACUGAUCCUGGUAGUGUGCCUCCAAAUUGGAGGCCAGAGUUGGAUGAAGAAAGAGGGGAAGCUGAUCCGUUAACUGCGUCAGAAUUCGGGGCUUCGCCAGCUGACUCAGGGAAUCCCAUAAUACGUUUUUGUAGAAAGUGCAACCAAUUAAAACCUCCUCGGUGCCAUCACUGUUCUGUUUGUGGAAGGUGUGUGCUAAAGAUGGACCAUCAUUGUGUGUGGGUUGUCAACUGCGUUGGAGCAUUAAAUUACAAGUAUUUCCUUCUCUUCCUGUUCUAUACGUUCCUUGAGACCACUGUUGUCACUCUAUCAUUACUGCCACAAUUUAUUGCAUUCUUCAGUGAUGGAGAGAUACCUGGGACUCCGGGCACUCUUGCGACUACUUUCCUUGCUUUUGUCUUGAACCUUGCUUUUGCUUUGAGUGUUUUGGGAUUUCUGAUUAUGCACAUAUCGUUGGUGUCUGCUAAUACUACGACCAUUGAGGCAUAUGAGAAGAAGACCAGUCCCAAAUGGCGUUACGAUCUUGGUCGAAAGAGGAACUUUGAACAGGUGUUUGGUAUGGACAAGCGGUAUUGGUUCAUUCCUGCUUAUUCUGAAGAAGAUUUUAGACGGAUACCUGCUCUUCAUGGUCUUGAAUACCCGUCAAAGCCCGAUUUUGAUGUCCAUGAAUAAUAAUGAUGUGCAUCUCAAACCUAAGUUUCGUGGUUACAAAAUAUAGAGUUAAGAGUGCCUCAGGCUUUCAACUGAUUAACCGGCUUUAACUGCAUCGGACUGGACUUUUGCAUCUACUUGCAUUAUGCAGAGCAACAGCACAGAAAUAUUAUGAGUCUGAGCAGGCGACAACUUGUGGAUUGGAGUAAAGGCUGGCAUUCCGUAAUGAGUUGAUAAUGUCCGUUUCAUAAUUUUUAGAUAUCUAUGUGAAAUUAAGAUUAUGCAACAUAAAAAUGAUGCUGAUUUUUUCACGUCGUUGGACGCUGUGUUUGUAAUUGAUUACUUGACUAUAAAUGUAGAUUAGAUCUCUGAGAUUCUCGAUCCGAAAACAUUGAUAUCCUGAUAAAAAAAGUGCAGAUUAAAUCUGUAAUGAUUUUGUCGUCCGUA